AUGGAUGGCGAUUUGAGGUGGAGGGUGUGCUCCGGUGGUGAGAUUGAUAGAAUGAUUUUGGUUUGGGUUGGUUUGUGGGUGGGUGGGUGGAGGAGCUUCUUGUUGUGGUCGAGUGAAGAUAUUGGGAAGAUAUUCCUUUCAUUUUUCCUACUUCCGGCAAGGUGGAAGGAAAGCCACACUAUACGGAGGGUUUAUCUAGACUGGAUGAAAAUAGUGAUUAACAUCGAAUAUCCUUCUCGUUAUGAAUAUAAAUUGUUUCUUGACAAGCAGGACGAUGUUUUAGUGCAAUCUAAUAAUGUUGAGUUGCUGGAGUCCGGGAACGUAGUGGAAGGUGUAACAUCAGGCGGAGAUGGUGUAAUUGUGCCCGAAGUGGGUAUGUUGUUUAAAAGUGAAGUAGAUAUGUAUGAUUUCUACAAGAAAUAUGCUUAUGCGGUGGGUUUUUCAGUUAAGAAAAGGAAUUCAAAAAAAGGAGACGGUGGAGUUGUGAGAUACAUGACGUUGACAUGUAGUCGUGAAGGCGGAAUAAUCAGUAAUAGUAGCGGUUCUUUGAAGCCGCAACUCACAGUUAAAAUGGGUUGUAAGGCUAGGAUAUCUGGAUCUUCCGGUAUUUUUGGAAAUUGGAGAAUUAAUGCAGUAAAUCUCGACCAUAAUCAUGAAACAAGUCCUUCUAAAUCCAGGUUAUAUAGGUGCAACAAGCACUUGAGUGCACAUGUGAAACAACAGCUUCAAGUGAAUGAUUUAGCGGGAAUCCCAUUGCAUAAAAGUUACAACUCUAUUGUUGUAGAAGCAGAUGAAUAUGAAAACAUGACAUGUAUUGAAAAAGAUUGCCGUAACUACAUAGAACAAGUAAGGCGUUUAAGACUUGGAAAAAGAGAUGCUGCAGCAAUUCAAACCUACUUUUCAAAAAUGCAAGCACAGAGCCCUGGAUUUUACUUUAGUAUGGAUUUGGACGACAAGUCGCGACUCGGAAAUGUAUUUUGGGCAGAUAAUCGGUGUAGGCAGGCAUACAAGGAGUUCGGUGAUGUCGUUACGUUUGAUACCACUUAUCUAACUAACGAGUAUGAGAUGUCGUUCACCCCUUUUGUUGGAGUAAAUCAUCAUAGACAAUCAACACUGCUUGGAUGUGGUUUGGUAUCCAGUGAAGACACAGAUACUUUUAUAUGGUUAUUUAGGACUUGGCUUCAAUGCAUACACUAUCAUGCUCCACAUGGUAUAAUUACCGAUCAAGAUAGAGCAAUGCAAAAUGCAAUUCAGGUUGUUUUUUCAAAUACGAAACACAGAUGGUGUUUGUGGCACAUUUUAAAGAAGUUGCCGGAGAAACUUGGCUACCACGUGGAUAAAGGUUCCAUAUUUGGGGCUAUACAUGGUUUGGUAUAUGAUUUACAGUCUACUGGGAAAUUCGAAGUCGGUUGGAAAACAAUGAUUGACACAUAUGAGUUGCAUGAUAAUGAUUGGUUAUCUGGAUUGUACAAGAAUAGAGGGCGUUGGGUUCCAUACUUCUUCAAAAUCACUUUCUGGGCAGGUAUGUCUACUACACAAAAAAGUGAAAGUAUGAAUGCAUUCUUCGACGGUUACGUGCAUUCAAAAACCUCGUUGAAGCAGUUUGUCCAACAAUACGAACGUGCUCUUAGGAAUAAAGUUGAAAAGGAAUUUCAAGCUGAUUUUAAGUCAUUCUCGCAGAUGGUACCUUGUGCGACACAAUUUGAAAUGGAGCAACAAUAUCAAUCAAUUUACACCAUCUCAAAAUUUCGUGAAGUUCAAGCCAAAUUCACGGGGAAGGUGUAUUGUGACAUCCAAUCCACUUCGAAAGAUAGUUCCAAAGUGAUGUACGAAGUACGAGACACUAUUAUGUGUGAGGGCCAUCGGAGGAAACAAGACGUAUACCGUGUCUUAUGA